CCCCGCAAGAGCACAAGGCGACGGGCAUGGACGAAGCAUACCAGGGGCAUGCUACCCCCCGCGAAAGCGAGUCGUCGUCGAUCGACGCAGAGUUCGUACGACACCGUGUGGAACGCCCGACAGGCAACCCCGAAGCGGUCGUGGACCCCCGCAUGUCGUACCAAGCACCUGUCAAAGUGACGGACAACAACAUGACGCAAAAAGAAAACGCAUCCAGCGAUGAGACUGUGAUUUCCGUGCACGGGUACAUGCACAAGCAAGGAAAGCGAUCCAUCAAGGGUCCAAUCCAUAAAAGCUGGAAGAAGCGCUACUUUGCUCUUGAGAACGCCAAGAUCUACUACUUCCAGAACGACGCGGACUGCCGUCGAUACUUUUCGACACGCAACGUCGAUUUGGUUGUGGGUGCUGUCGAGCUGAAGGAAGCCCUGCAACUCCGGCCGUCCGGUCGCUUGGACCUCCCCACGAAGGGAUUCGAAAUUCACACCAAGCGCCGCGUUUGGGUGUUGUGCCCAGAAACCGACGACGAGUACAAGAUGUGGUUUGAGGGUGUGGAAGAAGCCAUCGUCUCUUGUGGUGCGGGAAAUGUAAUCGAACGUCACCUUCCCAACGUUCGCAAGUACGUCAUGAAAGGCUUGCCCACCUACCGCUUCCUGUACAUCCUAUUUCUUGUUGCUGGUCUGGUUGAAUUGGCAGGUCUUGUUUUGUGGUUUGUAGUGGGUGUUCAACCCUGCGACCAAGCACGCCCAACCAUCGAAUGUCCGACCAUAUUGUCUCAAACCAUGGACUUGUUGAAAUGCGGUGAUAAGCCGUUCAAUGGCGUGUUCACACCUCCCAAGUUUUGGCUCAAAUUCGCGGGUGUUGAAGACGUCAAGUGCUGGGCCGAACCACCUAUCGGGCAAUGGAUUUCUUACUUUUGUCUGCUGUUGGCAGAGCUCAUAAGUUUCAUUCUGGGUGCCAUUUACUACCUUGGCAUGUGGAAACCUGUGCGUCGUGGCGCUCACUACUUGGACGAGUUCGAGCCCAAAUUGCCCGACGAACAAUGGCCCAAGGUUGACGUGUUCAUCUGCCACUAUUCUGAGCCGUCUGAAGAAACUGUCGAUACGCUUGCGGCAUGCAUGAACUUGCAAUAUCCACCUCAUUUGCUUCACAUCUUCAUUUUGGAUGAUGGCUAUUGCAAGACCAAAUGGACCAAGGGAAAUCCGGUGCCGACGAUCGAACUCAACAAGGGCGUGAUUGAAAAGGCUGGCGACUUGCGCCAAGAAGUAGCCCAGUUCAUGUAUGACCGUGUGUGCGACCCGAAUGACGACAUGGAGUUGUAUGCGUGGCGCAAGCUCCAUUCGUCUGCAAACUUGCCGAUGGAGUCGCGUCCUCGUGUGGUCAACCGUGCGGACUGUGCUGUUGGGUCAUUCCGCGAUGACUACCGCUACAGUGGCCUGCCUCAUGUGACGUUUGUCGGUCGUGUCAAGCCCCCUACGCACUACUCGAAAGCCGGGAACAUCAACAAUGCGUGCUACAACGAAGGAGCCAAUGGGCGUUAUGUGGUCAUUCUCGACAACGACAUGCAACCGCACCCCAAGUUCAUUUUGGCCACUUUGCCAUUUUUCUUUGACUCUGAAGAUCGUGCCUUGAAAAACAAGUACUCAUGCUGCACCGGUGGAUGCAACAAAGUGGCGCGUAUGUGCUGUGCAUCAUGCAAGAUUGCCGGGGUCCCUGAAGAAAAGAUCAGCUAUUGCUCCAAGCAAUGCUUUGACAAUGCAAUGCACUCGUCCAGUGCACUCCACCGUCGUCAAGUGAACGGUACCAUGAGCGAAAAACCCAACAAAGGAUCGUCAAAACGAAUUUUGUACUGCAUGACAUGCAACAACGUGACGAACAAUCAAGGUGUGUGCAAGACCUGUAUGCAUCCAACCAACAACCCAGACUUGGAAGAUGGACUUGCGCACUCGUCGUCACCGUACUCUGACGCAGUCAAAGACAACGCGGUCGCGUUUGUUCAGACGCCGCAGUACUUCCGCGAUUGCGUCCAAUUUCAAAUUGGCGACCCCUUGGGCCACCGCAAUGCGACGUUUUACGAUGCCAUUCAAACCGGUCAAGAUGGGUACGACUGCGCGUCGUUCGCCGGAACGAAUGCGAUUUUCCGGCGCGAAGCGUUGGAUUCCAUUGGAGGCAUUCAGUACGGCAGUUUGACCGAAGAUUGCUACACGGGGCAGCAAUUGUGUGCGAUGGGAUGGAAGGGGUUGUACUUCCGCAAGGACUUUGAAGGCGAGAUGUCGGAACGCAUCCGUUUGGCGGAAGGGCUGAUCCCAGACAACGUGGCGAGUUCGCUGGCGCAGCGCAAGCGUUGGGCCAAGGGCAACUUCCAAAUCAUGCUCAUGAACAAGAAGAAGAACUACUUUGACAAGGAAUGGACCAAGCCUAAAGUGUCGGUUCCACCAAAGCCCAAGAGUGGUAACUUCAUGCGCAAGGUGUUUUACAUCAACUGCACCAUCUAUCCCGUCGGGUCACUCUGCGCGUUGCUGUUCUUCUAUAUCACGCUGUACUUUUUGUACACUGGUUAUGCUCCCAUUUACUUUUCCGGCCUGAAGUUGCUGUACGCGUUGGUACCCAAGCUCUUGAUCCAAGGCGCUCUCUCGGCGUUGAGCAACCGCACUGUCGAAAACAACGACGUCGUCCGGUCCCAGGAAGCUUGGUUUGUUUAUGCGUUUACUCAUACGACGGCCGUGUUGGAGACCUUCUGGUGGAAACUCACGGGCAAGGAAGCGGCGUGGUUUGUCACAGGCAGUUCGUCGCGCGGCUCCCUCACGGAACUCCCCAACGUCAUAGUGUACUUCGGUCACGUUUUUGGCUUGGUGUGGGCCCUCAUUCGUUUCUUUGCCACGUACAACUCGCAGCAAACGUCGCAUGGCGCGUCGUUGCUGGUGGCGAGUCUCAUGAUGGGGCUCUUUAUCGCGACGAAACUUGGGCCCAGCGUCCGCAUGAGUAUCCAAGAGUACUUCGGAUGGAGCUACCACAGUUUGACGGACCAGGGCAACUUUUUCGGCCAGUCCAUGAUUGCGUUCGGCCUGGUCUUCAUCUCGUUGUGGGUGUACAUUGAAAAGCCAAGUUCGAACCCGUUCUAGGCCAUCGACUCGCGUUGCCCUGGCAUAUAUAGUCUGUACACUCUCUUCUACUUUAUUCAAGAAAACGCUCUGAAGAUAAUUGGUUCUUUUCCUCCUGAAAUUAGAGUCACG